GAACGGAGCGAGCGGCGGGCGGAGCGGCCCGACCCGCCUUUCCGGCGCCAUGGACGCCAACCUGAGGCUGUGGAGGGCUGAGGGGCAGUCUUUCCCCCGGAGGUUCCUGCUGUGGGCGGACGUCUUGGAUCCGCUGCUGCUCCUCAGGUCGUCGGAUGAAAUAAAAAGAGCCAGGUUAUUAAUACAAACCAAUGAGAAGACCCUAAGUGAGCCCCUACGCAAUAGUCAGACAAGACAAGCCUUCUUGCUAAGCCUGUCCAGUGUACAUCCUGAUACAAACAACGUAAUUCCCAUUUUGUUUAGGCCUCCAGCUUUCGCGCCCAUGGCUCUCCCGUGGGUCAUUGUUUCAUCUCUUCAGCACCAGGCAAAGUCAGCUUUUUUUUUCCAGUUCAUGUUUCACUCAUAUACCACAGCAUUCACCCUGUUGAAUGGAAAUGGCACCCCAAAGGCUGAAGAGUACUCACUUCAGCAGAAGCAGAUGUUCUAUGGCUUGGGAGCCAUCUCCUAUGCAGCCUGUGUUGGGGCUCUCCCUCUUAUUUUCAUGAAUCGCUACACGCUGAAGAGUCCAUUGACACAACUAAUCGUCAAAAAACUUCUACCUGCUCCUCUGCUUGGUCUGACGAGUGCAUUCACUGCAGCAGUGGUGAGAAGCCUGGAAUUUGAGCAUGGAAUAGAAGUGAUGGACAGGACUGGCAAGGUUGUAGGAGUGUCACGCAAUGCUGGGGAGAAGGCUGUUAGGGAAACAGCAGUGUCCAGGGCAGUCUUGUUUGGGACAACAUUCCUGCUGCCAGAAGCGCUUGUGCACUUAGUGCAAAGAGCAAAGCUGGUGAAAAAUCCUCGUGCUCUGGCUGCAGUGAGAAUGUUUCUGAUUACAUCAGUCCUAGCAGGGAUGGUGCCAGUCUCACUUAGCAUGUUCUCACAGUGUGGGGAGAUAAAGAGAGCAGACCUGGAGCCGGAGAUCCUGUCAUCGACGGAAGAAACAGAGCUGUUCUACAACAGGGGCAUUUAGAGACUGGCUUUCCUUUAUCAGCGUGGGCUCUGGCUGAAAUGAAUGGUGGAUGCACCAACAAAUCCCACUGGCAUUUGGGACUGAACAGUGAAGCUGUGGUGGCCCCUGUACCAAUUUGGUGUGUGAUGGUGUGGCCUGCAAGGAGGCACAGCUUGGCAGCAGGGCUCUGCAAGCCCCGUCCCAGGGGCACAGACACACACAUCACUUGAUGCUGGAAGUGGCAUUUGUACCAGAAAGCAGCACAACACAGUGUUUGUCACAACCUGUGUUCUGUGCCUCCUCAGCUGAUUGAGUCCUUAAUUAAAAGACUGUUGAGUA